CCUUGGGGAAUCCAGUGGGGUGGGAGGGCCAGUACUGGUUUCCCCUUUCCUCCACUGGGUGCUGUGACCCCAUCGUUCACAAACGUGAGUUGGCUGCCCUGAGCCAGACCCCUGUGCCCACUCGGCCUGCUCAGGCCUCUUCUACAGGGUCCCAGGACUCACCGGCCCUGGGGAAUGAGUGCCUGCCAGGCAGGCCUCCGGUCCUCUCCCUGGCCAUUCUUCCGCGGCCUCCUCCUCCCUUCCGUUUCCGAGGGAGGGAAGCUGCUGUGACCCAGCGUGGGGUAGAGGGGCGGUGGGGCUCGCCCGCCCCUUCCCCUCCGAGGCCCGCCCUGGCCUGGGCCAACUGAAACCGCGGGAGGAGGAAGCACCCAACCAGGAACUGGCCGCGGUUGUUGGGGCCUGAGUUGGUCCACAGCCGCCCAGAAGCAGGAGCAGCUGCUUGCAAGGAACACAACCAUGGGCUUCUCUUCGGAGCUGUGCAACCCCCAGGCCCACGGGGCAGUGCAGCAGAUGCAGGAAGCUGAGCUUCGCUUGCUGGAAGGCAUGAGGAAGUGGAUGGCCCAGCGGGUCAAGAGUGACCGGGAAUAUGCAGGGCUGCUCCACCAUAUGUCCCUGCAGGAUGCUGGGGGCCAGAGCCGGAACAGUGGUCUGGACAGCCCGGUUAGCCAGUCCUGGGCCGAGAUCACCAGCCAGACGGAGGGGCUGAGCCGAGUGCUGCGGCAGCAUGCGGAAGACCUGAACUCGGGGCCGCUGAGCAAGCUGAGCCUGCUGAUCCGAGAGCGGCAGCAGAUGCGCAAGACCUACAGUGAGCAGUGGCAGCAAUUGCAGCAGGAGCUCACCAAGACUCACAACCAGGACAUUGAGAAGCUGAAGAGCCAGUAUCGAGCCCUGGCCCGGGACAGCACCCAAGCUCGGCGCAAGUACCAGGAGGCCAGCAAAGACAAAGACCGAGACAAGGCCAAGGACAAGUACGUGCGCAGCCUGUGGAAGCUCUUUGCCCACCACAACCGCUACGUGCUGGGCGUGCGGGCUGCGCAGCUGCAUCAUCAGCACCACCACCAGCUCAUGCUGCCCAGCUUGCUGCAGUCCCUGCAGGACCUGCACGAGGAGAUGGCGCUUGUGCUGAAGGAGAUCCUGCAGGAGUACCUAGAGAUUAGCAGCCUGGUGCAGGAUGAGGUGAUGGCCAUUCACCAGGAGAUGGCUGCCGCUGCGGCCCGCAUCCAGCCUGAGGCCGAGUACCAGGGUUUCCUACGACAGUAUGGCUCCACCCCAGAUGUCCCACCCUGUGUCACCUUUGAUGAGUCACUGCUUGAGGAGGGUGAGCUGCUGGAGCCUGGGGAGCUGCAGCUGAACGAGCUGACCGUGGAGAGCGUGCAGCACACGCUGACCUCAGUGACAGAUGACCUGGCAGGGGCCACCAACACUGUACUAAGCCGGCAGGAAGUGGUUAGCCAGCUACAGCGAGAGCUCCAGAAUGAGGAGCAGAACACCCACCCGCGGGAGCGGGUGCAGCUGCUGGGCAAGAGGCAGGUGCUGCAGGAGGCCCUGCAGGGGCUGCAGGUCGCACUGUGCAGCCAGGCCAAGCUGCAGGCCCAGCAGGAGCUACUGCAGACUAAGCUGGAGCAACUGGGCCCUGGUGAGCCCCCAGCGGUGCUGCUUCUGCAGGACGACCGCCACUCCACCUCCUCCUCGGAGCAGGAACGAGAGGGGGGAAGGACGCCCACACUGGAGAUCAUCAAGAGCCACUUCUCAGGAAUCUUCCGCCCCAAGUUUUCGCUCCCCCCACCGCUGCAGCUGAUUCCUGAAGUGCAGAAGCCCCUGCACGAGCAGCUCUGGUACCACGGGGCCAUCCCACGGGCAGAGGCGGCUGAGCUGCUUACAAACUCUGGGGACUUCCUGGUGCGGGAGAGCCAGGGCAAGCAAGAGUACGUGCUGUCGGUGCUGUGGGACGGCCUGCCACGCCACUUCAUGAUCCAGUCCUCCGACAACCUGUACCGCCUGGAAGGUGACGGCUUCCCCAGCAUUCCUUUGCUCAUUGACCAUCUACUUAGCUCGCAGCAGCCCCUUACCAAGAAGAGCGGUGUUGUCCUGUAUAGGGCAGUCCCCAAGGACAAGUGGGUGCUAAACCAUGAGGAUUUGGUGUUGGGUGAGCAGAUUGGACGGGGCAACUUUGGCGAAGUAUUCAGUGGGCGGCUGCGAGCUGACAACACACCAGUGGCAGUGAAGUCUUGCCGGGAGACGCUUCCUCCUGACCUCAAGGCUAAGUUUCUGCAAGAAGCCAGGAUCCUGAAGCAGUACAGCCAUCCCAACAUCGUGCGGCUUAUUGGUGUCUGCACUCAGAAGCAGCCCAUCUACAUUGUCAUGGAGCUGGUGCAGGGGGGCGACUUCCUGACCUUCCUGCGGACUGAGGGAGCCCGCCUUCGCAUGAAGACACUGCUGCAGAUGGUGGGAGACGCGGCUGCAGGCAUGGAGUACUUGGAGAGCAAGUGCUGCAUCCACCGUGACCUGGCUGCUCGGAACUGCCUGGUGACAGAGAAGAAUGUCUUGAAGAUCAGUGACUUUGGGAUGUCCCGGGAGGAGGCUGAUGGGAUCUACGCAGCCUCAGGGGGCCUCAGACAAGUCCCUGUGAAGUGGACUGCCCCUGAAGCCCUGAACUAUGGCCGCUAUUCCUCUGAGAGUGAUGUGUGGAGCUUUGGUAUCUUGCUUUGGGAGACCUUCAGCCUGGGGGCCCCGCCGUACCCCAACCUCAGCAACCAGCAGACACGGGAGUUUGUGGAGAAGGGUGGUCGCCUGCCCUGCCCAGAGCUGUGUCCUGAUGCUGUGUUCCGGCUCAUGGAGCAGUGCUGGGCCUAUGAGCCUGGGCAGAGGCCUAGCUUCAGCACCAUCUGCCAGGAGCUGCAGAGUAUCCGGAAGCGGCAUCGGUGAGACUGGGGUUCCUGCAGGCCAAAGUGUACCUCCUCUUGUGCAGCUCCAGCUCAUACUGAGAAACAGCACCCCACCGUCCUGGGCUCCUCCACCCCCACUGCUGCAGGGGCAGCCCCAGGUCUGCUCUGGACUCUGCUCCUGCUGGAGUGUCCUUCUUUAGGCAGAAAAAAUAAAACCACUCAGGCCCA